AUGUCGGGUCCGGGAGCCGCUACAGGCUCUCAUGCCUCAGACAGAUUGCCAGGCUCCCCUGCCUCCGCCGGUUCGUCAGGGUUUCAUGCCUACGCCGGAUCGCUAGGCUCCCCUGCUUCCAUCGGCUCAUCGGGCUCUAAUGCCUCAGCUAGAUCGCCAGGCUCCCCUGCUUCCAUCGGCUCAUCAGGCUCUAAUGCCUCUGCUGGAUCGCUAGGCUCCCCUGCUUCCAUCGGCUCAUCAGGCUCUAAUGCCUCAGCUGGAUCACCAGGCUCCUCUGCCUCAGCCGGUCUGUUAGGUUCCCGUGCCCCAGCCGGCGACAAGUUCCCGCGCAAUCAGCAGGGGUGA